CCGGCGGGCGCGGCGGUGCUGCGCGGUGCUGAGAUGGAGCUGGUGACACCGCCGCUGCUGCUGCUGGCCGUGCUCGCCCUGCUGGCUUCCCACGGAGGGACGCUGGCGCUGCUGGUGACGGCACCCUACGUGCGCUGCGUCUGCCCAGAGGGGCAGAACGUCACCCUGAGCUGCCGGGUGAGCGGGCCCCUGGCCGACCGCCACGACCUGCUCUACAAAACCUGGUACUUCAGCAGCGCUGGUGACCAGAGCUGCAGCGAGAAGCAGCACAUCCGCAACCUGACCGAGAGGGAGCUGCACCACGAGCCCAGCCGGCACCACGGCACGGCACCCAAUGGCACCGGGAGGUCCCCCCAUGGGUGGCAGGGCAGCCACCGCGGCGUGGAGUUUGUCCCCAACCACCACGGGGCUUUCCACAUCGUGGUGAUGAACCUGACGCUGCAGGACAGUGGGAAUUACUGCUGCUACGUCAUGGAGGUGCGGCGGGAGCAUGGCAAGCCCCAGACCCUGCAGGCGGCUCAUGGCUUCGUGGAGCUGCAGAUCCAGAGAGGCAGAGGAGAGCUUCAAAACUGCACAUUUUACACCGCCAACAGCAAAGAUAUCACGGCUGCUGCACUGGCGACGGGCGCCUGCAUCGUGGGCAUCCUCUGCCUGCCCCUCAUCUUGAUCCUGAUUUACAAGCAGAGGCAAGCGGUCAGCAGCAGACGUGCCCACGAGCUGGUCCGAAUGGAGAGCAGUGCCCAGGGCAUCGAGAACCCCGUCUUUGAGGCGCUCCCCGCGGGCAGCGUGGAGCCCCGGCCCCGGCCCCAGCUCUCCUACCUGGCCAGCCGGCAGCCCUCUGAAUCCGGCCGGCACCUGCUGUCUGAGCCCAACACCCCCUUGUCCCCACCGGGCCCCGGGGACUGCUUCUUCCCCACGCUGGACCCUGUUCCUGACUCGCCAAAUUCCUUGAAAGCCUAAAGAGUCUGGUGGCAAAAGCGAUGGAGGAGGCCAGCGCGCUGUGGUUGCACCAGGAGGGGCCAUGGCCAGGGCGGGCAGCAGCUCCCACCAAUCAAGGAAAAUUAAGAAAAAUAUCUAUCUAACGAACUAAAAAAGACCUCCUCACCUUCCUCUCCCUACUGCCUGGACACCAACCGCUGGUUUCCCUUCGCGCUGUGAGAAAGACCAGGUGGUGAGGACUACGAGUGAACGUUUCCCUGCCUGGCCAGCGGCAGUCCUUAUGCACCGGGCAGAACUGAUGCCCACGGCAGGGGAGGGGAGGACGCCAAGAAGACUCAAACAACAGCAAAAUGCCUUAAUAAACGAAGCCAGGUGCAGGAGCCCUGCCUGUUUCUCCUGUGCUGGCUCUGCCCUGCGGAUGGAUGUGACCUCUCUUGCUUGAGUUUUGAUUUUUACUGCCUAUUUCCAUGGAGAAGAGCACGGAGAGCGCAUGGCCACACACACCCCUUUCUGCGCACGCCCCGUGCCUGGACGGACGCUAUUUACUUUUUAUUGACAAUGAGCAUUGUGGUUCUCACCUUUUGCCUAAACCCCAGAGGAUGCAU